AUGUGCGGACGCACCAACACCACGCUGCGUCGUGACGAGAUCGUGCGAGUGGCGGGCACCAGUCGAUGGACCGGCGAGAAUGCCUUCAAUCCCAGUUACAAUGCCGCCCCAGGUGCCACGCGCUCACCUGUGGUGCGCGUGGCACAGGGGAUGGGGAGGGAGAUAUGCACCAUGCGAUGGGGCCUGGUCCCCUCCUACACCAAGCCUGACGAGCUGCCUGACUUCUGGCGCAUGUUCAAUGCCCGCAGCGAGACCCUGGCGGAGAAGCCCACCUUCCAGAGGCUCCUCUCCCGUCAGCGCUGCCUCGUCCCCGUGGCGGGCUUCUACGAGUGGAAGAAAGAGGUGCGGUCCGCAAAACAGCCCUACUACGUGCACUUUGAGGGGGGCAGGCCCAUGGUCAUGGCGGGGCUUUGGGACACCUGGCAGGCACAGGAGGGGCCCAUGAGCACCUACACCAUCCUGACCACAGACUCGGGUCCCAGGCUGGGGUGGCUGCACGACCGCAUGCCAGUCAUCCUCGACACCAAGGAUUCUCAAGACCUCUGGUUGCUCGAUGGGCCCGGCGACCCCAAAGCUGGGACGUGGAGCGCGGUCUGUGGUCCCUACAUUGGGGAGGACCUGGUGUGGCACCCCGUGACGCCAGAAAUGGGCAGCCCCAAGCUCCAGGGCCCCGAGUGCUGCGCCGAGCUGAAACGGCCCACCAUCACCCAGUUCUUCGAGAAGAAGAGUGGAGCGAAAAGGAAGACUGACAGCACACCUGAGGAUACUCCAGGAGGGAAGCUCGCACGCAACAGCGACGAGGUCGGUGAGACCAGGGGCUCCCAGCAGAUCUCUCAGAUGGGGUCACAACCUGCGACACCAGCUCCAGCCAUCAAGAAGGAGUCUCCCAAACCCAGCGAUGCUGUUGGGGCGGCCGAGGACGCAAAGGGGCAGGGCGACCGGCAAGAUCCCAUAGAGAAGGAGGAGGUGGUGGAGGAGCCAACCCCUAAAUCCAGUCCUCAGCCUAAAUCCAAGCCCAGUCCAGCAGGGAAGGGAGGGAUGGGUGCUUUAAGCAGUCCGGAUCCCUCUGAGAAGCAGGCAUCCAUCACACAGUUCUUUUCCAAGAAAAGCUGA